GGAUGUGGUCCAGCCCAGCCGGGUGGCGGGAAAUGCAGCUGGAGCUGCUGUCUCCGCGGGGACCCUGAGGACCGGCGGGGAGCGGGCCUCAUCAUUUCUAGCUCCCUUGGCUCCACCUGCCUUUCUUCUCUAACGGCUGGUCCACUGAUGUGUGGACUUGUACAUGAUGAAUUGUGAACUUCUAGCCACAUGCAGUGCUCUUGGGUACUUGGAGGGAGACACUUACCACAAGGAGCCAGAUUGCUUAGAGAGUGUGAAGGAUUUGAUCCGCUACUUGAGGCAUGAGGAUGAGACGCGAGAUGUACGGCAGCAGCUGGGGGCAGCGCAAAUCCUGCAGAGCGACCUCCUACCCAUCCUUACCCAACACCGCCAGGACAAGCCUCUCUUUCAUGCUGUUAUCAGGCUGAUGGUGAACUUGACACAACCAGCCUUGCUCUGUUUUGGCAGCGUGCCCAAGGAGCCCAGCUUCCGGCACCACUUUCUGCAGGUGCUAGCGUACUUGCAGGCCUACAAAGAGGCCUUUGCCAGUGAGAAGGCUUUUGGAGUCCUCAGUGAAAAUUUGUAUGAGCUGCUGCAGCUGGGCUGGGAGGAACGGCAGGAGGAAGACAGCUUGCUGAUUGAGCGGAUCCUGCUGCUGGUCAGAAAUGUUCUCCAUGUCCCAGCCGACCUUGAUCAGGAGAAGAGGAUCGAUGAUGACGCCAGUGUCCACGACCGGCUUCUCUGGGCGAUUCACCUCAGUGGCCUGGACGACCUGCUCCUCUUCCUGGCCAGCUCAACUGCGGAGCAUCAGUGGAGCCUCCACGUGCUGGAGAUCAUCUCCCUUAUGUUUCGUGACCAGAACCCUGAGCAGCUGGCAGGAGUGGGGCAGGGACGCUUAGCUCAGGAUCGGAGGACAGCUGUGGCAGAACUGGAGGUGUUGCGCCAGCGAGAGAUGGCAGAGAAGAAGACUCGAGCCCUGCAGCGAGGCAACAGGCAUUCUCGAUUUGGGGGCUCCUACAUUGUCCAGGGCUUGAAAUCCAUUGGGGAGAGGGACCUCAUCUUUCACAAAGGUCUCCACAAUCUCCAAAACUACACUUCCGAUUUGGGAAAGCAGCCCCGACGGGUACCUAAACGUCGCCAGGCUGCCCGGGAGCUGUCCGUGCAGCGCCGCUCUGCCCUCAACGUGAGACUCUUUCUCAGAGACUUCUGCUCUGAGUUCCUGGAGAACUGUUACAACCGGCUCAUGGGCUCGGUGAAGGACCACCUGCUUCGGGAGAAGGCUCAGCAGCACGAUGAGACCUACUACAUGUGGGCUUUGGCUUUCUUCAUGGCCUUCAACCGAGCUGCCUCCUUCCGGCCAGGCCUGGUUUCUGAGACCCUCACUGUCCGCACCUUCCACUUCAUUGAGCAGAACCUCACCAACUACUAUGAGAUGAUGCUGACCGACCGCAAGGAAGCCACCUCCUGGGCACGCCGGAUGCACCUGGCUCUGAAGGCCUAUCAGGAGCUGCUGGCCACAGUGAAUGAGAUGAAUGCGUCCCCAGACGAGGCUGUGAGGGAGAGCAGCCGCAUCAUCCAGAACAACAUUUUCUAUGUGAUGGAGUACCGAGAGCUCUUCCUGGCACUCUUUCGAAAGUUCAAUGAGAGAUGCCAGCCCCGCUCUUUCCUUCGUGACCUGGUGGAAACCACCCACCUCUUCCUCAAGAUGUUGGAGCGGUUCUGCCGGAGCCGUGGGAACCUGAUGGUGCAGAACAAACGAAAGAAGAGAAAGAAGAAAAAGAAUGUCCUAGAUCAGUCCGUAGCUUCUGGUAAUGUCCCCUACAGCCCAGAGGAACUGGAGUCUGUGUGGCCCUCCCUGGCCGAGCAGCUACAGUGCUGUGCCCAGGAUCCUGAGCUCAGUUUGGACUCCAUGGUUCCCUUUGAUGCGGCCUCAGAGGUGCCCGUGGAAGAACAGCGGGCAGAAGCCAUGGUGCGGAUCCAAGACUGUCUCCUGGCUGGCCAGGCCCCACAGGCCCUGACCCUUCUUAGGUCUGCCCGGGAGGUGUGGCCAGAAGGAGAUGUGUUUGGCUCUCAGGACAUUUCCCCAGAGGAGGAGAUUCAGCUGCUGAAGCAAAUCGUUUGGGCCCCGCUUCCCCGGCAGCAGGGACCAGAGGAACAAGGGGCGGAGGAAGAAGAUGAAGAAGAGGUGGAGGAGGAAGAGUUGCACAUGGUCGAGGUGUUGGAGAAAGAAUUUAACUUUCUGGACUACCUGAAACGCUUUGCAAACUCAACUGUCAUCCAAGCCUACGUGCUGCUGCUGCGGAGCUACAAGCAAAAUAGCGCCCACACCAACCACUGUGUCGUCAAGAUGCUGCACCGUCUGGCCUAUGAUCUCAAAAUGGAAGCCCUGCUUUUCCAGCUUUCCCUCUUCUGCCUCUUCAAUCGUCUGCUUAGCGACCCUGCGGCUGGGGCCUACAAAGAGCUAGUGACUUUUUCCAGAUACAUCCUGGGCAAGUUCUUUGCACUGGCCGCAGUCAACCAGAAAGCCUUUGUGGAGCUGUUGUUCUGGAAGAACACAGCUGUGGUUCGAGAGAUGACUGAGGGCUAUGGCUCCCUGGAUGGCAGAUCUUCUAGUCACAGACCCCCUGUGUGGAGCCCAGAGGAGGAGGCCCAGCUUCAGGAACUGUACCUUGCCCAUAAGGAUGUGGAAGGUCAGGAUGUGGUGGACACCAUCUUGGCACACCUGAAAACUGCUCCUCGGACACGCAAGCAGGUCAUCCACCGUCUGGUACAGCUGGGACUGGCUGACAGCGUCAAGGACUUCCAGAGGAAAGGAACCCAGAUUGUACUGUGGACGGAAGAGCAGGAGCUGGAGCUGCAGCGGCUUUUUGAGGAGUUCCAGGGCUCUGAUGAUAUCCUGGGUAAUAUCAUGAAGAACAUCACAGCCAAACGCUCACGGGCCCGAAUAGUAGAUAAACUGCUGGCUCUGGGGCUGGUGGCUGAGCGGCAGGAGCUGUACAAGAAACGCCGGAAGAAGUUGGCGCCCUCAAGCUUGCCUAAUGAAGAGGAGUCCUUGAACGAUUUUUGCCAGGAAGAUCUAGAAGAAGAGGAAAACCUGCCAGAGGAAGAGAGUGAAGAGGUUGAAGAGAAAGAGGAGGGCUCAGAAGCAGAACAAGCCCACGGUGGCUCCGUCCUUUCAACUCAAAACCUUGGGCAAAACCUGCAUCAGGAAGGCUUUUCUGCUCCCCUCCUGUGGCUCCAGAACUGCCUCAUUCGAGCAGCAGAUGAUCGGGAAGAGUUUGGCUGCUCUCAGGCAGUUCCACUGGUGCCACUGACAGAAGAAAAUGAGGAAGCAAUGGAAAAUGAACAGUUUCAGCAGCUGUUGCAAAAGCUAAGGGUUCGGCCUCCUGCCUCUGGGCAGGAAACCUUCUGGCGAAUUCCAGCCAAGCUGAGUCCCACCCAGCUCCGGAGGAUGGCAGCUUCUUUGAGCCAACCAGAGGAGGAGGAAAAGCUUCAGCCAGGAUUAGAACCUAAGGUCCCUGGAGAGCAAGGCCCUGAGGAGGAGCACCGAGCACAUGCCCCGAGGGCCCUCCUGUCAGCCCGGAAAGAGAGAGCAGGCCUGUUGUCCCCAGAGGACGAAGGGACUGAUGGUGGGAAAGAGCAGCUGAAAGUGGCACCCAAGAAGCGACAGCUGUUGGACAGCGAUGAGGAAAAGGAGCAAGAUGAGGGCGGGAGCAAAGCACCAGAGUUGGGAGCUCCAGGAAUCCGGAAGAAGAAGCGGUUUCAGAUAGAGGAUGACGAUGAGAGCGACUGAAGAGCCAGAUGCCUAGGGGCAGAGACAGACCCAUUUUUAAGUGGUGAAUUUAAAUCUGAGUUUGGAGGGGCAUACAGGACCUGGAAACUCCUCUUACUGGACAGAAGCUGUGGAGCCCUGGGCUUCCCCAUGGAUCUAGGGUCCAGGAAAUCCAGGCAACAGUGUUGGCCUCCUGUUCAGUCACUUCUUGCUCCUCCCACUUUUAUCAGUGUGCCUCAGUAGCUCUCUGGAGACUUAUUCCUUUUCUUCUUUGGUUAAUAGCACACCCUGGCAAAGGAGAGGAGUGAGUGAAUAUAGAAGGCACCUUGGACCCCUCUUUCUGGUCUGUUCCUUUUGGCUUUCUGCUGGAGGUGGGUCACAGCACUAGAUGGGGGGUUUUGUGACAUGAUGAGUGGGGAUGUUGCACCAUUUUUAAAAGGCACUAGACGAGCCCAUCCUCAUUUUCUUUCCUGUGAUCACCCGCUGAACACCAGAUUGAGCCCAGUUCCUAAUGUUGAAAUAGGGUUGGGAUGCAGUACUCUUCAGAUGAUGAGCGUUUUUGGUUGGUGUUUGGCAUUGAAUUAAACAUGUAAAAUUAAAAGUUGCCAAUGUUGAUCUGACUUGCCAAUCUGUCUAAAUACCUCAACCCUCCACCUGCUAUGUUCGUUUAAGAACUUUUAACUAUUAGGGUUAAAAGAGACUAUCAGCCUUCCCUUUUCUCUUGCUUUCCCUACAUGAGACAGAAAAACAUACUCACCUCAAGAUCCUUUGUCUAGGAUAAAUCUUUAGGGUCAAAAGAGUAUGCAUCAGAACAGGUACAUGAAAAGAUGCUCAAUGUCGUUAAUCAGAGAAGUGCAAAUCAAAACCACAAUGAGAUAUCACCUGAUACCUGUCAGAGUGGCUAUCAUCCAAAAGAACACAAAUAACAAAUGUUAGUGAGGAUAUGGACAAAAGGGAACCCUUGUACACUGUUGGUAAGAACAUAAAUUGGUGUAGCCACUGUGGAAAACAUAUAUAUGUCAAUCCCAAUGUCCCAGUUCAUCCCACAUCCCCUUCCCCCCUUGGUAUUCAUGUUUGUUCUCUACGUCUGUGUCUCUAUUUCUGCUUUGCAAAUAAGUUCAUCAGUAUAAUUUUUCUAGAUUCCACAUGUAAGCAAUAUUAUACAAUAUUUGUUUUUCUCUUUCUGACUUCACUUUGUAUGACAAUCUCUAGGUCUAUCCAUGUCUCUGCAAAUGGCACAAUUUCGCUCCUUUUUAUAGCUGAUUAUAUACCUCAGUUAUUUGUUUGUUUGGCUGUGCAGGGUCUUAGUUGUGGCACACAGGAUCUUAGUUGCCACGUGCAGGAUCUUUAGCUGCGGCAUGCGGGAACUAGUUCCCUAACCAGGGAUCGAACCUGGAGCCCCUGCCCUGGAGCCCCUGCAUUGGGAGCGUGGAGUCUUAACCACUGGCACACCAGGGAAGUCCCAUACCUCAAUUGUUUAAAAAAGUAUGCCUCAGGAAGAAGGAGACACAAAGGGAGGAAAAGCCAGUUUGUCAGCCUGGGGCAUAGGGGAAGUCUGGGCAAGAAAGAGAUGGGUAAACAUUGCAAAUGUCAUGUCCUUCCCAAUUCUUGUAAACCAUUAGCUUCCUGGCCCUCUUAUGUUUCCAGCUGUGGUAGAGUGAAGGUGAGAUUCAGAAAAUAGUCAUUCAGAUUAGGGAGAGCCCUAGGUCAGGGAUGCAUUUGGACUGUCUUGUUUCUCUAAUUUGUCUUUUUUGCCUCCCAUAGCCUCUGAAGGUAGAGGUGAAGCUAUGUCCAGGGUAAUUGGAGUUUUCAAGGGCUAAGACACAUUUUACCGGUUUGAGUAAAGUAUAGAAACUUUGCGUUCCCUUAGGUCUCUUUACAUUCCCCACUUAUACUGUAAUUAUCUUAAAUAUUUCUUCUCUCUAUGCUGAGAACCACAUAAGGCAAUGUUAUAAUUUUUACUUAAAUCACUUAACAUGAUUUAGAAAACUCAUAAGAAUAAGAUGGUAUAUUAUUAUACAUAUCUUUCACUCUGUUGCUCUUUUUUCAUGACAUUUCAAGCUUUUUUUUUUUUAAUAAUUUUCUUUCUGUUUAAAGAAAUUCCCUUAGCCAUUCUUUUAGAGUAGGUCUGCUGGUGACUAAUUCUCUUAGUUUUCCUUAAUCUGAGAACAUCUUGAUUGUACCUUAAUUUCUGAAGGGUGUUUUUGCUGUGUUUUCUCAUAGAGGGAACUUUUCACACCACCAAGCUGUUGAUUCUGCCAGUCUCCUAGCCCAUCCUCCAAGAAUCGGCUCGAAUGUGCUUUCUUUUGUGAAGCAGUCUGUGUCACUUUUUUUUUUUUUUUUUUAUCGUGGUGUGCGGGCCUCUCACUGUCGCGGUCUCUCCCAUUGGGGAGCACAGGCUCCAGACACGGACGCUCAGUAGUUGUGGCUCACGGGCAUAGCCGCUCCGCGGCAUGUGGGAUCUUCCCAGACCGGGGCACGAACCCGUGUCCCCCACAUUGGCGGGAGGAUUCUUAACCACUGAGCCACCAGGGAAGCCCUUUGUCACUCUUUGAACCCCAAACCAAAAGCAAUCACUUUUACAGCUGGGAUUUGUUCAUUCCCCUGAUAAAGCACCAGUCUUACAGGGUUUCAUCUUGUUCUUUUUCCCACUAGACUGUGAACUUGAAAGCCAGGAUCAGGUGUAUUCACCUUUGGAUCCCACAGGUACAUUCAUUAAUAUAUCCAACUAACACAACAGUGUAUUGAUGCCUCCUACGUAGGAGUCACUGUGUUGGGCACUGGGUGUCAAUUGGAUGUGAUUACCCAAAGACUAGGUAUACAGAGGUGAAUAAAGCGAUGAUAAUAAGGGUCCCAGCGCUUACUGAUCUUCACCAGUGCAGCAUUAAGCACAGAGUAGCUGUUAAUACUAACAAUCUGGUAAAUCUAGAGGCUAGUCCUUUUACUCUGGUGCCACUUUCUACUUCUUUGACCCCAUGGGAAAACUUCCUGUGGAGUCCAGACAUGCUGAACCCCGAGAAAGUUAGAUGCUGCUUUGAGUCAUUCAGAGGAGGAGGAAAGCUUCAGCCAGUGCUGGAACCUGAAGUCUCUGGAGGGUAAGGCCUGAGGAGGAGUACUGAGCACAAGCCCUGAGGGCCCUCCUGUUAGCCAGCAAAAGGAGAGCAGGUCUGGUGUCCCAAGGGGCUAAUAGGAAUGCUAUUGAUUACUUAUGUACCAGCCUUGCUGGUCUAGGGGGCUGAUGAAGUUACUUCGAUGCCUCCUAGCUCAGUGGGAAACCAGGCUGAUGGGGACUGACAACUAAAAACAACACCCAAGAUUUUUAGGGCAGUGAAAGUAUUCUGUAUGAUACUGUAAAUGUAGAUAUAUGACGUUAUACAUUUGGUAAAACCCAUAGAACUGUGCAAUGCAAAGAGCUGAACCCUAAUGUAAACUGUAGACCUAAGUAAUAAUAAUACGUAACAUUUAAAUAAUAUAACAAUCAAGUGUAACUAAGGUACCAUACCAGUGGAAGAUGUUAAAAAUAGGGGAAACUGAGGGGUUGGGGGAGAGGGAAUAUUUGGGAACUCUGUACU